AACUAAAAGCGGCGGAACGUUUGUGCUGGCGGCGCGCGUUGCGAGGGGAGCAGUGUUAGGGGACGGACCCCAUCCCUCGUCCUUGGCCUGGGAAGGACCCGCCAUGGUCUUGUUCCUUCGGCUGCCGGACGAGGUCCACUCGCUGCCGCCUCCGCCGCUGCUCAACCAUGGCUCCAUCUGGGGAGGCCUCAUGGGCUGGAUCGCCUCCCUGGGUGACAACGCCCUCAACCGGAGGCCCGUCCUGGGAUGCGGGGUCCAUCGGCAACUCCUGUGGGCUUCUGUGGGCUUCUACCUCGGCCACUAUCUUGUAAGACGAGCCAGUUACACAUACGCAAACAGAGACAGAGAAAUGUUUGAGUACAUAAAGCACCACCCUGAAGACUUUAAGGAAGCAGAUAAGAAAACCAUGGCAGAAGUCCUGGAGAAUUUUCGUCCAAUUCGUUGAAGACUUUGCAAACAGCUACAGUGUGUCUCUUAUGUGUGCAGACUUGCGUUGAAUGUAUGUCAGCAUUUCGGACAGAAAAUCUGAUCUAAAGGACUAAUCUUAACAAAUAAACUAUGAAUAAAUAAAA